AGAUGGCCGCUCCAUCGCGGGCUGGUGAGUGUGCGUGAAGGGCGCGCGCGGUUGCGGCGGUUGACGGAGCGAGGCUCCCUGCGGGAGCAGAGGUCCGACCGGAGACCCCAGGCUGGGAAGCACCUGGCGGCGAUUUCCCGCCGCGCAGGGGGUUCCUGAGGGAGAGAGAGGAAGCUGCGGACUGAGAGGAGCGAGCCCAGGGGCGCGCGGAGGAGUCGGCGGCGGCAUCGGCGGCGGGUCCGGCGAAUUUAGAAUUGGCGCCUCUGGGAAGUUUCGAUGCUUCAAGUGUUACGAACAGACUUGUUUGGAUUAUGUAUUUUUCAUCUAAACUAAAUAAAUGUUAACAAUGGAUAAGUGCAAACACGUUGGGCAAUUGCGGCUUGCUCAAGAUCAUUCCAUACUCAACCCUCAGAAAUGGCAUUGUGUGGACUGCAGUACAACUGAGUCAAUUUGGGCUUGCCUUAGCUGUUCUCAUGUUGCCUGUGGAAGAUAUAUCGAAGAGCACGCACUCAAGCACUUUCAAGAUAGCAGUCAUCCUGUUGCGUUGGAGGUGAAUGAGAUGUAUGUUUUUUGUUACUUUUGUGACGAUUAUGUUCUUAAUGAUAAUGCAGCUGGAGAACUGAAAUUACUACGAAGUACAUUAAGUGCAAUCAAAAGUCAAAAUUAUCACUGCACCACUCGUAGUGGAAGGAUUUUACGGUCUGUGGGUACAAAUGAUGAUUCUUAUUUCUUAUAUGAUGGUGCCCAAUCUCUGCUUCAAAAUGAAGAUCAAAUGUAUACUGCUCUUUGGCACAGGAGAAGGAUGCUAAUGGGUAAAAUCUUUCGAAUUUGGUUUGAACAAUUACCCACCGGAAGAAAAAGGCAAGAACAAUUUCAGGAAAAAAUAGUAGCAAAAAGGGAAGUGAAGAGAAGACAGCAAGAAUUAGAGUAUCAAAUUAAAGCAGAAUUGGAAAUUAUGCCUCCAAGAAAGAGUUUACGUUUGCAAGGUCUAGCUCAGUCCACCACAGUAGAAAUAAUUUCUGUUCAAGUACCACCACAAACUCCAUCAUCACCAGCAAAAGAUAAAGUAGUAUCUACCUCAGAAUUUGUAAGAUGUAGAAAUGUCAGUGACUCCUCAAUUAAACGAAGGCUGAUAGUAACUCCCGGUGUAACAGGAUUGAGAAAUUUGGGAAAUACUUGCUAUAUGAAUUCUGUUCUUCAAGUUUUGAGUCAUUUACUUAUUUUUCGACAAUGUUUUUUAAAGCUUGAUCUGAACCAAUGGCUGGCUGUGACUGCUAGUGAUAAGACAAGAGCUUCUUAUAAGCCUCUCCCAGUCACAGAUACUGUGUUUCAAAUAAAUGAAUACCAAGAAAAGGAUACAGGCUCUGUUUGCUCCAGACAUCCAAGUUUAUCAUCAGGACUAAGUGGUGGAGCAUCAAAGAGUAAAAAGAUGGAACUUAUUCAGCCAAGGGAGCCAAGUUCACAGUACAUUUCUCUUUGUCAUGAAUUGCAUACUUUGUUCCAAGUCAUGUGGUCUGGAAAGUGGGCCUUGGUCUCACCAUUUGCUAUGCUACACUCAGUAUGGAGACUAAUCCCUUCCUUUCGGGGUUAUGCGCAACAAGAUGCUCAGGAAUUUCUCUGUGAACUUUUAGACAAAAUACAACAUGAACUAGAGACAACUGGUACCAGGUUACCCACUCUUAUCCCUACUUCUCAAAGGAAACUUAUCAAACAGGUUCUGAAUGUUGUGAAUAACAUUUUUCAUGGACAACUUCUUAGUCAGGUUACAUGUCUUGCAUGUGACAAUAAAUCAAAUACUAUAGAGCCUUUCUGGGACCUGUCAUUGGAAUUUCCAGAAAGAUACCAGUGCAGUGGAAAAGAUACUGCUUUUCAGCCAUGUCUGGUUACUGAAAUGUUGGCCAAAUUCACAGAAACUGAAGCUUUAGAAGGAAAAAUCUACGUAUGUGACCAGUGUAACUCAAAGCAUAGAAAGUUUUCCUCAAAACCAGUUGUACUCACAGAGGCCCAGAAACAGCUUAUGAUAUGCCACCUACCUCAGGUUCUCAGACUACACCUCAAACGAUUCAGGUGGUCAGGACGUAAUAACCGAGAGAAGAUUGGUGUUCAUGUUGGCUUCGAGGAGAUCUUAAACAUGGAGCCCUAUUGCUGCAAGGAGUCCCUGAAAUCCCUCAGACCAGAAUGCUUUAUCUAUGACUUAUCUGCUGUAGUAAUGCACCAUGGCAAAGGAUUUGGCUCAGGACACUACACUGCCUACUGCUAUAAUUCUGAAGGAGGCUUCUGGGUACACUGCAAUGAUUCCAAGCUAAGCAUGUGCACUAUGGAUGAAGUAUGCAAGGCCCAAGCUUAUAUCUUGUUUUAUACCCAACGAGUUACUGAGAACGGACAUUCUAAACUCUUGCCUCCAGAACUCCUGUCUGGUAGCCAGCAUCCCAGUGAAGAAGCUGAUACCUCUAAUAAUGAAAUAUUUAGUUGAUCUAAAGACAGUGGGGGCUUUUUUGUUGUGAUUUGUAUAUAUACUUUUUAAAAGGGCUGACUUAGAAUUUUGAGCUUCAUUGUUUUUUUACUUACGAAUCAGUGCACACAGUGUUUCUGCAUUUUCUAUCUAGCUGCAACAAAGCUCUUUUUUACAGAGACAAAGUUAGUGUAAAGCGUGUAUCAACAGGAGGUAACUAAACUUUCCAAAGUACUUGGGAGUUUUAAACUUUCAGUGUUUACCUCAGACUGGUGUUAUCUCUUUUAUAUUUUGAUGUCUUAAUUGGCUCAGAUCAUGAAUUUGUGCAAUUUUCUAUUGAAGUUCAGAUUGCAUCAUUUUAUAAAUAUUUCUUAUUUAUCUUUUGUAAUUAUUUUCUAUACAGAUUCUUAAUAGACAGGAAAAUUAGACACUUUCUUCACUAAUACAGUCUUACCAAAAGAAAAAAAAAAGGCAUUUCUUUCAGGCCAUUUUUAUCUUGAAGUCACCUUUGCCCCUUGAAGGGAGUUAAACCACUAUUUUCAAAGUGUAAUACGUGAAGGUAUCAACUAAAUACUCAUCAGUCACACUCACUGAUAAUUCUGGAGGCUUUGUAUGUUUCAGGGCUCAGAAUAGACAUUACUUUGGCUAAUGGAACUUCAUUUUAAAAAAAUUUAUUUUUAAUAAUUGUUAUUUGGCAUAGUCAAAACUAUAUCCAAAUGAAAAUGGCAGCUUUAUAAACGGUAUAUUUAAGUGAACUUCGGUACUAUGGACAUGAAAAAAUGAUGGCUGGGACUUAUCAUGAUAAUUGGCAGCAAAUAGGUUUUGUCCAGAUUCUAAUAAAACAGUCAUAUCAAAAAUUAGAAUUUAGCAAACCAUAUAUUAUGUCAUAUAAGUACAGUUUUUAACUUUGAUAUGAGUUCAUUUUAUACAUUUAAGAUUAGCUCUCUUAAAGAAGCUUUAUACCAUAGUCUAUCUUGAGAUCUGUAGUUCAAACGAAUAAAAAUGUCUUGAAGAGAAAACUGCAUAGGGCAGAGAAGAUAAUUGUUCAAAAUUGGCAACUGGGCAACAUGUCUAACAUCUCGUUUUUCUAAGUAAAGUCUAAAUUUCUUACUCUUGCUAGGAUUAUGUGAAUACUAGGAGGUGUGAGCCUCUUAGAUAUUCAAACACUGGGCCCUAACAUUUGAAAAGAUAUUAAAAAUGAUCUAAGCUUACAAUUUAUUAAAGAAAAAAAAAACCUGAGGCACUCUUUAUGCUCUUCCCUAAAUAAUCCUACUAGAUCUCUUUAAAGUCCUCCUGCUGCUAACUUUAUCUUAUUCAGAAAGGGGAGAAUCCACUAACCUCUGUAGAUCAUAGAUAAGCUAUGUAACAUGGAUCAGCUAUGUAACAGCUCGGUGUUAACUAGAUCAUAUAUUCCUUUUUUCUCAAGUUGGUUUGUUUGCAAGCUGAAAUCUUAAAAGAUAAUAUCCUGUAGAAUACUGUUUGCUAUUGUGAUCACCUCUUUAAGUAUAAACUUGAAAAGGCCCUCUAUUGGCAAAUGUUUCUUAAAUUUUAGAAAACAAGGCAUUUGAGGCAGCUCAUAGUAAAGUGCAAUGAGAAUGUAUCACUGUACAAAUCAUUUGUGCCAAAAAUACAACUUGAGUAUAAAAUGGCUAAGGUUUACAAUCGUUCUUUAUUGCUAAACACCUAUGCAAGUUGUUACCUCAACUGUUACAUAAUUAUACCUCAUUAAAGAUUUAUGUGGACAAGA